AUCUGUUCGUCCGCAUGUAGGUUAAACGGUGCGACACACUCCAAAACAAUGUUAUUGGCAGCGGAACGCAACCGUAUAAAUACGAGUGAAAAGGAAAGUCCAUUAUCAUUCUCUCGCCGAUCAGCAAAGAGCAACCAUCACCAUGAAGGUCCUGAUCGUCCUCGCCCUGGUCGCCGCGGCCUCCGCCGCUCCCCAGUUCUUCUCCAAGGAGGUGAGGAAGAUGGUCGUCCCCGGCGGCGCCUGGGAGCACCACGAGGAGCACCGUGAGAUCCCCCAGGCCCGCAUGUUGGUCCAGGGCAAGUCCCACGGCGCGGUCCUGACUAAGGAGGGUGGCGCCCAGACCCUGGAGGAGUCCUUCGACAUGAACGAGCCCGGCCGCUACCUGUACCACUUCAAGACCAACAACGGCAUCGCCAAGAUGGAGCAGGCCGCCCUGGAGAAGGACGCCGGCAAGGUGCAGGGCGCCUACGAGUGGACCAGCCCCGAGGGCCAGAACUUCAAGCUGGAGUACGUCGCCGACGAGCUCGGCUUUCACCCCGUGGCUGCUCACCUGCCCGUCGCCCCCGCCGCCCCCGAGAUUCCCGCCGCCAUCCAGCGCUCUCUGGAGUGGAACGCCGCCCACCCCGAGGAGGACGAGUCUCAGAUGUACGAGCAGUCCCAGUCCCAGAUGUACGCCCAGCCCCAGUCCCAGAUGUACGCCCAGCCCCAGUCCCAGAUGUACAUCAGCAAGAAGAUCAUGUACUGAGCUGGUACUUCUAUACUCUUUUGUGAAUAAAACUUAAUUUAUUUCAUAA